CGGCUGUCCAUCUGCCAUCCCACACCGCAAGAGUUGGUUCUGCUGCACGAAUCCCCGCGUUUGCAUGGCCUGAAGUUGCAAAACAUAUAUUUCUCCGUCCCCGCCACACUCAUGUCGCUUCCUCCCCCCGUCACCAGCCCCACGAUGCCGCCGAGCAAAGACACUGCAAAGCAUGAGUGCGUCUCCGAGGAUGCGCUCCAGCACCUGAGGACGUACAAAUACUCGAGCGUCGACAAAUCCUUCAUCUCCCGCUACAUCCUCAAGCACUACUGGAAUGGCUUCGUGGAGCUGCUUCCUAUGUGGAUUGCGCCCAACUUGGUCACGUUGCUAGGCUUCUUCUUCAUUCUUGGGAAUGUCGCGUUACUAGAAAUUUACGUGCCGGAUCUUGUCGGACCGGCGCCGUCAUGGGUGUACUACAGUUUCGCAUUCGGCAUGUGGAUGUACUCCACCAUGGACAACGUCGAUGGCAAGCAAGCGCGCCGUACCGGAACCUCGAGUCCUCUAGGGGAGCUCUUCGACCAUGGAAUCGACUCUCUGAAUUGCACACUUGCCAGUCUUCUGGAGACAGCAGCUGUUGGCUACGGCUCGACUAAGAUUGGCGCUUUCACUGCUCUCGUGCCCGUGCUGCCUAUGUUCCUUUCCACCUGGGAGACCUACCACACACAUACGCUGUACCUUGGAUACUUCAACGGUCCCACAGAGGGACUGAUCCUUGCGUGUACCUUCAUCUGCAUGUCCGGCUACUUCGGUCCUGAGAUCUGGUCGACCCCUCUGGCGCACUACUUCCCCUCGUACAAGGCUGAGAUCGGCAACGUCACACUCAAGGAGCUCUGGGUUCCCAUCAUUCUGUUCACGUUCUUCGUUGCCCACGUACCGGCCUGUUUGGUGAACGUUGCAAAGGCACGUCGAUCCAGGAACCAGCCUUUCCUCCCCACCAUCUUCGAGUGGACUCCUCUGGUCAUCUUCACUGUAUGCACCAUGGCUUGGCUUGGAUCCCCGUACUCGCACCUGCUAGACGACAACCACCUGGUAUUGUACUGUCUGACCAUGUCCUUGGUCUUUGGGCGCAUGACGACCAAGAUCAUCUUGGCCCAUCUCACCCACCAACCGUUCCCAUACUGGACAAUCAUGCUCGCACCCAUGGUUGGCGGUGCUCUCCUCGUCAACCACCCAUACUUCACCAUCCCUGGGACCACUUUCGGACCCCUAUCUGCGAAGACUGAGCUGUGGUACCUCCGCGCAUACUUUGUCUUCGCAGCAGUCGUGUAUGGCCGCUGGGCUCAUCUUGUCAUUACAAGCAUUUGCGACUUUCUCGGCAUCAACUGCUUGACUAUUCCCAAGCAGACAAGAGAGAAGAACGCCAAAUCCAAUGGCGUCGCUAAUGGCACUUUCCCUGAGAAGGGCCGUACAGACUAGAUGCCGAACACAAGCCUCUGGAACACAGGCGCUCACUGCAUCUUUCAGGCAACGAAUAGACACGACGGAGCAACCCACCAUUUCGAGCAUGCAUGCCUCGGCGCACUCUGGGUUAAUGAUAGACUUUUACACCACACACCACUUCGAUACAGCUUCGGCUCAUAAUGAUCCUUGCAUUCCUGGAUACAUACUAUUUAUACAUAAUAUUUGGAGGAGAGACGCAAGCCUUUUAACGCCCGCGUUGAAGCCUGACGCUGGCUGUAAUGUUGCAUAGCAUGGAAGAGGGACUGGUACAUCGGUAGUAUGAUUACAGUGCAUGUCGCGAUGGCGGCAUUUGGAAGAUGUGCGUGGAGCACAGCCUACGGGAAAGUCAUAUCUUUAAUACUUGCAGGGCGCAGCGCCCCGCAUCCACCAAUGAGACGCUAGGUCCUGCACGAUCACGCUUCGUCGGUCCCAACUUCC